AUGUCAUCUCCAAUAGUCUCUGUUCAAGAGGCAUUGAAGGAUAUGGUGUCCUCAUUACCAAAAGAUUUAUUCGAAAAAAGUACAAGUAGAGCCAUGAGAAGAUUAUUAGUAUCUAUUGGCCUUGUAACAUUUGGUGCAAUAAUGGUACAUUGUCUACCAUGGUAUUUGCUACCGAUUGGUUGGUUGUUUAUGGGUACGGCCUGUUGUGGAAUCUUCUCAAUUGGUUAUGCCUGUGGCAAGAACCUCUACUUUAAGAGCCGUUCAAUCAACUACUUGGUCGGAACGAUCUGUAUGUUGCCAUUGAUGUACAACUUGGAGUACUGGAAGGAGAAGUCCACGCUCACUCAGAGCACCGUGCGCGACUAUGUCUCUGAGUUGACCCGCGGCAAGUUCUGGUGGCUUUCAUCGCCCCUCCAAUGGGUCAGCAGCAACUUUUCGUUCAAGACAUUCAGUGGCCGCGUCGUAUUUAGCAUCAGUAUGCUAUACCUGUUCGUCGCUGUCUUCUUCCCAUUGAUGACGUACGGUGUUGGCUGGUGGGGAUUGUGCAAGUUCUACUUGAUCCCAUUGGUUGUCUAUCACUUUUGGAUGUCCACAUUCCUCAAGGUCAGCACAUUGUCAUUUGAUGGCGACAGACCAACCUUUAUCCACAUGCCCAAGUUUGUCGAGUACCUCACCAACGACUUUAACAUUGGAGUGACUCUCAGUCGUAUCCAAUCGGCAUCACAAGACAUCAUCCCAGCGUACAAAUGGAGAGAGGCCUAUGAUAUGCUCAAGCAAGAGUACAAGGAGAUCUCUGAGCAAUCAUUCUCUUCAUUGAUCACCAAAGUUGGUCCAACCGUAAAGAAUACCAUUGAAAAGGUUGCUGAUGUAGCUGUAUCUGCUGCCAGUACUGCAACCUCCUCCUCGUCCUCAGUAUCAUCAACUGCCAGCACCACCGCCACUACCUCCAAGUUUGAAGGUCGCCCAUGGUAUGAAAAGGUUGUAUGGACAACAACAAUCUUUAUCUUUGCCACACCAUUGAUCUCAAUGUAUGGUAUGGCCACAACACCAUUCAACGUCAAGACCUACAUCACUGCCUUCCUCAGCUACUACAUUGCUGGCAUUGGUAUCACUGCCGGUUACCAUCGCCUCUUCUCCCAUCGCUCCUACAAGGCAGUGUGGCCAGUCCGCUUCGUCCUCAUGUUGAUGGGAACUACAGCCUUUGAGAUGUCUGUCAUUGACUGGUGUCAUGACCAUCGUGCUCACCACCGCUUCACCGACACGGAUAAGGACCCCUACAACAUUAAGCGUGGAUUCUGGCACGCCCAUAUGGGUUGGUUGAUCUGGAAGCGUGAGGAGGAGCCCGAUGCAGACGUGUCUGAUCUCAAGGCCGACUGGGUACUCAAGUUCCAGCACAAGUACUACUUCCCAUUGUCCUUGGCAUUGGGUAUCGCAUUGCCCAUGUGGAUCUGUGGACAUUUCUGGGGCGACUGGCGCGGAGGAUUCUUUGUUGCCGGUGUGGCUAGCAAGGUUCUCAUGAUGCAGUGCACAUUCUGCAUCAACUCAUUGGCACACUAUCUGGGUGAGGCCACCUACACUGAUCAGCGUACACCAAGAGACUCGGCCAUCACCUCGUUGGUCACAUUUGGAGAGGGCUACCACAACUUCCAUCACGAGUUCCCCUAUGACUAUCGUAACGGAGUGCACCUCUCUGCCUAUGACCCUGGCAAGUGGUUGAUCUGCUUCCUCUCGUGGUUCGGUCUGUCCUAUGACUUGAAGAGAUUCCCUCAAGAGUUGUUUAGAAAGGGCAAGAUCCAAAUGGCCGAGAAGACCAUUGCCAAGGAGCGCGCCAAGCUCGACUGGGGUCUACCAUUGACAGAGUUGCCAUCGUACGAUAUGGAGCAGUUCAAGUUGGUUGUCAAGCAACAGUCAAAGAAAUGGUUGAUUGUCAACAAUGUCAUCUAUGACGUGGAGCGAUUCGCCAAUGAGCAUCCAGGUGGUGAACAGUACAUCAAGGAUUACAUUGGAAAGGAUGCUACAAAGGCAUUCGAUGGAUUGGUUUACAAUCAUUCAUAUGCCGCUCGUAACAUACUUGAUACUCUUAGAGUUGCAACUAUCAAGGUGCAGCAAUAA